CAUCACUCCUAUCUGUCAAAAUGAUUGAAAAUUUUCGUCUUCUGUCGAUUAAUAUUAAAAUUUGGCAAUAUUGUGGUUUUAUUUAUAUGAAUAAUUCUUAUUGGAAAUGUUCAAUUUUUAUGAUUAUUCCUAUUUUAUUUAAUAUUUCUGAAUUUAUUUAUCUUAUUGUAAAUUGGGGAAAUGUUGAAACUUUAAUUUUAAGUUCAUUUAUGACGGCCAUUUUAUUUAACUCAAUUUUUCGUAUUGUGUCGGUUUUGUUGAAUCAAAAGGAUUUUGUGAAAUUUAUUGAAGACAUUCGAGACUGGUUUCAGGAAACUGAGAACCAAAGAGAUAUGGCAUCACUAAGAGUGUUGAAUGCAGUUGCAGUUAAAGCUGAUACAUUUUCAAAGCUGAGUUUGUUCUUGGGGAGUGUUGGAGGAGUAAUGACAAUUAUUGUACCAUUAUGCAUGAACUCAAAAGAACUUCCUUAUCCUGUUUGGAUACCAACAGUUGACGUUUAUAAAAGUCCGUGCUAUGAAAUCAUAUUUGCAACACAAGUUCUAUUCGUGAUGCCUUUUAUUAUUGUCACCUACAUACCUUUUACCAAUUUAUUCAUAAAUUAUCUUAUGUUUGGUAUUGGGAGCCUUCAAAUUCUACAAAAUAAAUUGGAAAACGUAAUUGAUUCAACGAAAGAUUUUGAGCGAAUUGACAGAGACUUGGAGUAUUGUAUUCAGUACCACAACAAAAUUAUAAGAUUUUGUGACACAUUGAGUACUCUACUAUCGCUGACGAAUUUAAUGGAGUUUUUGAUGUUUAGUUUGAUGCUUUGUGUUUUGCUUUUCUUCAUACUUAUUGUUGACAGUUACAUGCUACAAAUAAAUGCUGCCAUUUAUAUUGGUAGUAUAUUUUACGUAGUCUUACUUUCGUAUUGGCAUGCUAAUGAAUUUUCUUAUGAAAGUCUAAAAGUUGCAGAAGCUGCUUAUAACUCUAAUUGGACAAUUUGUAAUUCAAAGAUCAAGAAAAGUAUUUUAAUUAUGAUUUUAAGGAGUCAAAAUGCUUUGCAAAUCUCAGCUGGUGGAAUGUACCCGAUGACACUUGAAACAUUUCAAUCACUCUUAAGUGCUUCUUACUCAUAUUUUACAGUUCUAAAUGGAAUGAAUAACUAGAUUACAAUAUUGUAUAAGUUCAUAACUUAAAAGUAAACAUUUCCAUUCAUGGUAUUGUUUUUCUAAGUUAAUUAGUUGCGUUAUCAAGAAAAUUAAGUGUUUAAGUAAAUUUGAAAAGAAUAUUUUUAAAUGUGUCACAGUGUUGGAAAGGAAAUAAGUAAUAUAAUUUUUAGUAACUAUUAACAAUUUUAUGACACUUUCGA